AUGCAGGAUGUCGAUAACGGAUGGGCCUGGGUGGUCAUGUUGGCGGCAUUCUGCACUCAGUUCGUUACCGGGGUGUUGAGUUACGGGGUUGGAGUGUUUCACAACGCAUUCCUAAAUGAAUUUCAAGGGGAUUUAACAUUGACAUCACUGGUGGGAUCUGUGUUUGCUAGUCUGCUUAGUCUUUUAGGGCCUCUAGUGAGCUUUGUCAUCAAUAAGUGGAGCUGUAGAGUGGCAGACAUUAUAUCGGGUGUUUGUAUAUUUACUGGGCUCUGUUCAAGCUACUUUGCUCCAAAUCUAAUAACUUUAAUAUUCACGUUUGGAGUUAUUGCAGGAACUGGACUUGGUUUUAGCGCAAUAACAGCUGUUAUCGUAGUGGGAUAUUCCUUUGAGAAAUAUCGUGGAAUCGCUGUUGGUUUGAAUGUGGCGGGUGCAGGACUAGGGAUGUUUGCAGCAGGUCCUUUCAUCCAAUAUCUGAUUGAUCAGUAUGGGCUCCGAGGAGCUUUGCUCAUCUUAGGGGCCUUUGGAGGUCAAAAUAUUGUAUUUGGCGCUUUGAUGAGGCCAACAAAAAUAGAAAUGUCGUACAAGCAUUCUAGUAAAACCACCUCAGAAAAUAGUAAAAUGUGCAACUUUCGUUGUGAUAUACUUAAAAAUAAGCCGUUUCUUUGUAUUUUGACCUGUUCAUUUUUAUGGAAUGUUCCAUACGCCAUUUUGUUCAUUCAUUUACCGCGGUUUUCAGUUGUCAAUGGUGCUACAGAUAUGCAAGCAGCCUCACUGAUCACAAUGAUCGGGGUCGGGAGUACUCUUAACAGAUUUCUAGCUGGAAUGGUUUUAGGACCGGGUGGAAUAGACCCUUUGCUUCUUAACUUUGGAUUUCUUGGAAUAUUUGGUCUGACGACAGCUACAUUUCCACUUUAUUGUACGGAUUAUAUUGGUCAAAACAUAUACUCUCUUAUAACAGGGAUUUACAGCGGAGGCCUAAUUGUAUUAAUUAAUCCUCUGUGUAUAGAAAUAGUGGGUAUAUCUCAACUAUCAACAGCUGUGGGACUAUAUUUUACCUGGGCAGGGAUUGCGUGGAUAUUAGGAGGACCAUUUGCAGGAUUUUUAAUUGAUAACAAUGUGUCAUAUGAAGGCGUGUUUUUCAUAUCAGGGUCAAUAUGUGUUCUAGGUGCAUUUGUAAGUCUCUGCGCAUCUCUAUGGCACAAGGCUACAGACAACGUUGAAAAGACCGCUUCCUUUGUGGACUUUAAGGAAAGCCGUUUUCUUUCCGGAUCAGCAUACUUUUCAGGUUCCUUCACUGUUAUUAUUGAAAACGGAAACACAACACAACUGCAUCAAGGAUCUCAAGAUUUUGGCAACAAAACUUUUCUUAGUAAAACUAGUGUUGAAAGUCUAUUUAUGGACAAAUAUACAUUGAAUGAUGAUAUAUCCCCUAAAACAAUUGAAGAUUCAUCUGGGCUUGAACUAGAAAACGUUACAUCCAGAUCCAGAGGAAAGCUGCUUACACAUACCGAUCAAAAGACGGAUCAAUUAAACGAAUUAACACCUUUACAAAUUCAGGAAAUUAGAGUUGUUCCGUUGAGUGAUACUGACACCCCUGUCACACUGUCAUGUUUUAUAGCUACGAUUCUUUACAAAUUCAAUAAUCGCAGCAAAUCGGGAUUUAUCGCAGAAAUACUCAUGCGGGAUGUCGAUAACGGAUGGGCCUGGGUGAUCAUGAUGGCGGCAUUCUGCACUCAGUUCGUAACCGGGGUGUUAGGUUACGGGGUUGGAGUGUUUCACAACGCAUUCCUAAAUGAAUUUCAAGGGGAUUUAACAUUGACAUCACUGGUGGGAUCUGUGUUUGGUAGUCUGCUUAGUCUUCUAGGACCUUUAGUGAGCUUUGUCAUCAAUAAAUGGAGCUGUAGAGUAGCAGACAUUAUAUCGGGAGUUUGUAUAUUUACCGGGCUCUGUUCAAGCUACUUUGCUCCAAAUCUAAUUACUUUAAUAUUCACAUUUGGAGUUAUUGCAGGAACUGGCCUUGGUUUUAGCGGAAUAACAGCUGUUAUUGUUGUGGGAUAUUCCUUCAAGAAAUAUCGUGGAAUCGCUGUUGGUUUGAAUGUAGCAGGUGCAGGACUAGGGAUGUUUGCAUCAGGUCCUUUCAUCCAAUAUCUGAUUGAUCAGUAUGGACUCCGAGGAGCUUUGCUCAUCUUAGGUGCCUUUGGAGGUCAAAAUAUUGUAUUUGGCGCUUUGAUGAGGCCAACAAAAAUAGAAAUGUCGUACAAGCAUUCUAGUAAAACCACCUCAGAAAAUAGAAAAAUGUGCGACUUUCGCUGUGAUAUUCUUAAAAAUAAGCCAUUUCUUUGUAUUUUGACAUGCUCAUUUUUAUGGAAUGUCCCCUUUGCCAUUUUGUUCAUUCAUCUACCGCGGUUUUCAGUUGUCUAUGGUGCCACAGAUAUGCAAGCAGCCUCAUUAAUCACAAUGAUCGGGGUAGGGAGUACUCUUAACAGAUUUCUAGCAGGGAUGGUGUUAGGUCCAGGUGGAAUAGACCCUUUGCUUCUCAACUUUGGAUUUCUUGGAAUUUUUGGUCUGACGACAGCUACAUUUCCACUGUAUUGUACGGAUUACAUCGGCCAAAAUAUAUACUCUCUUAUAACAGGAAUUUACAGUGGGGGUCUUACUGUAUUAAUUAAUCCUCUGUGUAUAGAAAUAGUGGGUAUAUCUCAACUCUCAACAGCUGUAGGACUAUAUUUUACUUGGGCGGGGAUUGCGUGGAUAUUAGGAGGACCAUUUGCAGGAUUUUUAAUUGAUAACAAUGUUUCGUAUCAGGUGCUGUUUUUCAUAUCAGGGUCAAUAUGUAUUCUAGGUGCAUUUGUAAGUCUCUGUGCAUCUCUAUGGCACAAGACUACAGACAACGUUGAAAAGACCGCUUCCUUUGUGGACUUUAAGGAAAGCCGUUUUCUUUCCGGAUCAGCAUACUUUUCAGGUUCCUUCACCGUUAUUAUUGACAAUGGAAACACGACACAACUGCAUCAAGGAUCUCAAGAUUUUGGCAACAAAAACGUUCUUAGUAAAACUAGUGUUGAAAGUCUAUUUAUGGACAAAUAUACUUUGAAUGAUGAUGUAUCCCCUAAAACAAUUGAAGUUUCAUCUGAAAUUGAACUCGAAAAUUUCACACCCAGAUCCAGGAAAAAACUGCUUACACGUUUCGAUGAAAACAUGGAUCAUUUAAACGAAUUAACACCUUUACAGAUUCAGGAAAUCAGAGUUGUUCCAUUGAGUGAUUCUGACAGUUGA